GUUAAUUAGAGAUGUAAUCGGGGAAAUUAUACCACGGUUUUAUUUGGAAAUUUUUCUUGACAGGAAUUAGAAAAAGCAUUAAUUUUAUCAAUUAAAAUAUCGAAUAUAAAUAUAAUCGCAAUAAACAGUUAACAUCUGAAUUUCGAAAAAUCUCUUGGCCUCAAGUCGUCCAAUAGGACUUGAAUAUAACUCUCAAGGGCAAAUUGCUGCUGCCACCUGCCCAUUUGUUAUCAAUUGUUGUUUUUUGGGUUUCUAGGAAUAAGGGACAAGGUUCAGGCCUAUUUGUCAACAUGUCCAGGUGCUAACGCAAGGAUAACUUUUGUGAGAUGAAUGAAGUCGCUUAGAAUUUCCAAUGACAAGUUUAGCGAAGAAAGGGUUCUAAGGAAAAAUGUCAAGAAAUUAUUCACCAGUGCUGAAACAGUAGUCCACAUUAGUCGCUAAAACCCCUAAAUGACUGAUUAUGCCAGGAGCAAGACGGAACCCCUCACGAAAUGGUCCAGGACGGCCUUUGAACGUGUCCUCGAGCACUCCGUCAUGCCCACCAUGUCCCCAAACCGAGGACAAAAAGCUUGAUUCCCCUAAUGGCAGACUGCUAGCCCCAAAGCACGUUCCCAUUCCAGCAGUUCCAGUGGAUGAUCAGCUGAUGUUCGAGGCCCUCUCCCUGGGCAUUUCAAUUCUGGCAGCCUGUCUCCAACUCCUGAACCUGUACAGAGCAGUCUGGUGGUUGCCCCAAUCGUACAACGAGUACAGCAUGAAUUUCUACCUCAUUGACCCCUACCUCCUCGUCUUCAUCCUGACGAUGGUAGCCAGAAGAUUCGUCUACGCGUUACUGCGGAGAUUUGUCGAUGCUGUGAGCCCAGCGAGAUGGCUGCCCACCACCCAGAGAACCAUGAGAAUAAUUCUUCUUAUUUUCGUCGUGAUAAUUCUGCUGUGGUGCCUCUACUACAUGAGCGAGAGACACAACUCCAUGAAAGUUUUUUAUCUCUGUUACCCCAGCAUCUCUGUUUACUUUCUUAUGUUUGGAGUGAGCAUUGGACCCUUCUUCGAUAUCUCCACUGCUCCACUCUACGUCAAGGAGGACAGGAAGACGAAAUUCCUCCUCGACAAACCACUGCACAAUUGCUCUCUCAAUGCUCCAGCCAUCAGGGCUGAGGUCUCCAGUUUGAGAUCUGAUUUUAAUAGGAGACUGAAGAGAGCACUCUUCGCAUCUUCUGGGAGUGCUUACGUCUGCGGAAUCGCUCCCGUUAUUUUCGUUCCUCAGCAUCUGCAUUUCAAUUUCACGUGGGUUGUACAGCAUAUUGUGCUGUUCUGGCUGGGAAGGGUGAGCGCUCAUUUCGCACAGGCGUAUCCUGUGAGAUACUGCGAUGUUCUGCAUCGAGCAGCACUACAUCUAGGAAAAUGGUCGAAAGUCGAGGGGAAAAAUGUUCACAUACCGUCGCAGCUGUGGAGUGACUCUGUGCUGUGGCCUCAUGGAUCCCUUGUCAAGUACAAUAAAGAGUUGUACAGGUCUGAGGGACUUUGUACUGCGGCAGAACCAGGGAACUCCAGCCAUUACAGGUUUUAUGCACUAUUCAAUAAUCCUACAAUGCUGAUAUGUUCCUUACUGAGUCUCCAAUUAGUUCUCGUCGCAGUACAAUUACUCAUACUGUUGAGAACCGUCGAGUGGUACCAGGUACUUUCGAUGACACUGCUGCUCGUUACCAAUUACUACACUCUCUUCAAACUCGCGAGGGAUUACCUGAUAUGCUGGAAAGUUUACCGAGCUGAACGAAUUGUACAGGAGAGAGCACAGGCUGCCAUAAAUCUAACUCAAUAGUCAUACCUUGUCACUUAAAUAAUUGAUACGUAAGAAGAACUGUUUUUUGUGAUAAAUUAUGAUGAGUAAAUGUAUUA